AUGGUAGGGUGUGACGGUUGUUCGGGAUGGUUUUAUUCUCGUUGCGUGGGUAUUGUCGAGGGCAAUUUGCCGAAAAAGUGGUUCUGCCCCUGCGACGCCUGUCAGGAGAUGGCCAAGGAGUCCCAAAAGAAGAAGAGCGUCAAGAAGCACCAGACCCGUAGCCAGAGAAAAGCCGAUGAAUCCGACAAAUCCAGCAAAAAUGCCUAUUUGGCCGUCUCUAGUGUAGAAGCAAAGGUGCGUGCGCUGGAGGAGCGACAGAAUCGGCAGAUGGUGGAGUUGGAGGUGGAGAUGCAGCUGCGGAAGAAGGAGAAGGAGAUGGAGAUGCAGCGUGCUCUAGAGCGGAAGAAGGUGGAAAUGGAGUUGCAAAUGCGUGCCGAAGAAGAAGAAGAAGAAGAGCAGAGGGCCUGGCAAGCCGAGAUGCUUCAGAAGAAGAAGGAGCAGAUGGAUCGAAUGAAAGCGAGUCAGAAGACAUUCGAGAGGCAAAUGGCGGCCAUAGACAAGGAGAUGGCGAAUCUUUCAACUUCCAAGGUGCCCAAGCUGUCGUUGAAAUAUGUUGGUGACGAUCUACGAGCGGGAAGUUCCAGCAAAAUUCAACAAAAUGUGUUGAAGCUGACCCAGAAGAACGUCAAGAUGCUGGCAGAAGACGACGGGGACACCGAAGAGGAGGACGAGGAUGCCGAUGAGAAAGAAGAAGCGGAAUCAUCGAGCCGGAGCUCCCAGUCAUCUCUGGAGAAGGGAGAUAAAUGGCGCGAUUCGCGGAAGAUCAGAAAGCGGGUGGUGGAGGACAGCCAAGUUGGGCUAGGACAACAGCAGACCGGACCGACAAAGGAGCAGCUGGCCGCGAGGAAGAGGUUAACAUACAAGCUCCCAAAGUUCUCGGAGAAACCAUCCCAGUGGCCAUUGUUCUACGCGGCCUACAAAGCGUCCAACGAUGCCUGUGACUAUAUGAACCAUGAAAACCUGAUGAGGCUGUAG